AAAUUUGACUUCGUCAUUCAUUUUGCGGCCCUAAAGGCCGUUGGCGAGUCUGUGGCCAUUCCCCUCAGCUACUACGAAAACAAUGUUACUGGCUUCAUUAACCUUCUGCAGGUUAUGGCAGCACACAAUGUUAAGAAAAUUGUCUACUCAAGUUCUUGUUGCGUCUACGGCAAUCCCUCCAAGCUUCCGAUUACGGAAGACUGUGAUGUUGGGAAGUGUGCCAACCCCUAUGGCACGACCAAGUACAUCGGCGAGCUGAUGCUGCGGGACCUGGCUAUCUCCGAUCCCGAGUGGUCAGUCAUUAAUUUGCGUUACUUCAAUCCUGUGGGCGCACACCCCUCUGGCCUGAUUGGCGAGGAUGCAGGCAGCGCCCCAAAGAACAUCUUUCCCUGUAUCACCAAGACUGCCAUGGGGUUGAUGAAGGAGGUGCGCGUGUUUGGGAACGAUUAUGACACACCUGACGGCACAGGUGAGCCUAACAGCCCGUUGGUUUUGGGAUUUGGUCCAGUUGCGGUUUUGACAAGGCAGUCCUAA